AUGGCAGCCCCUGGCCUUCUGCUCCUCCUGGCGCUGCCUGCAGGGGCCUGGCCCAGGCUGGGGCAGCCCCAUCGGCCAUGUGUGCACUGCUGCCGCCCGGCCUGGCCCCCGGCUGCCCCCGGCUCAUACACCCCUGAGGGUGAGGGGGAGAAGUGGGUGCAGCUGCCCCAUGUGCGGCCCACCAUCGACAUCUCAAUCCUCAAAGGUGAGAAGGGUGAGACGGGGGUCAGAGGCCGCUCCGGCAGGAGUGGGAAGGAGGGCCCACCGGGCUCCCCGGGUCUCCGGGGCCACAAGGGCCAGAAGGGGCAGGUGGGGCUACCGGGCACCCCAUGCCGGCGUGCCUACGCAGCCUUCUCGGUCGGUCGGCGCGAGGGGCUGCACAGCACCGACGCCUUCCAGGCUGUGCCCUUUGACACGGAGCUGGUGAACCUGGAUGGCGCCUUCGACCUGGCGUCGGGCCGCUUCCUCUGCACGGUGCCUGGUGUGUACUUCCUGAGCCUCACCGUGCACACCUGGAAUUACAAGGAAACCUACCUGCACAUCAUGUGCAACCAGCAGGCCACAGCUGUGCUGUACGCGCAGCCCAGCGAGCGCAGCGUCAUGCAGACCCAGAGCCUGCUGCUGCCGCUGGCCGCAGGGGACGCCGCCUGGGUGCGCAUGUUCAAGCGUGACCAAGACAACGCCAUCUACGGUGAGCACGGCGACCUCUACAUCACCUUCAGCGGCCACCUGGUCAAGCCUGCCACUGAGCUCUAG